GAUUAGAAUUGUAAGUAAUAAUAGAUAUAUCAUAAAACAUGACCUUGGAACAUAAAUGUGCUGUUACACAUUCAGUUCGUUAUCUUAAUUAUCCAUUUAUAUAUGAAUAUCAUGUCCAUAUAUUAAAAUAGAAACUUAAUAAUAGUGUUAGUAUAAAAUGUAUAUUCUAGUUAUUAUACCAUUGUUUCUUAACUUGUAUCAUGUUAGAACUUGGAAUGUAUACGGAUAUAUGGAAUCUCAGAUACCAGAGCAAAUACAUAUUGCUUUAGGAGAGCAACCAUCCACCAUAAGUAUUACUUGGGUUACACAAGAAAAUACAGAGAGUUCAACUGUACUCUAUGGUACUAUGCUGUUAAAUAUGAAAAGUACUGGCUACGUUAAAGAGUUUAUUGAUGGAGGACGUGAACAACGCAAAAUGUAUAUACAUCGAGUGAUCUUAUCCGAUUUAAUUGGUAAUACAACUUAUUAUUAUAAAUGUGGUAGUUUAGAUGGUUGGUCAGAUGUUUUGAAAUUUCGUGCUCUCCCAUCUCAUCCUUAUUGGUCACCUAAAAUAGCAGUUUAUGGAGAUAUGGGGACAACUGAUGCACUUUCACUACCCGAAUUAAUUCAUCAAGUCAAAGAUUUAAAUAGUUAUGAUGUGGUAUUACAUGUUGGUGAUUUCGCCUAUAAUAUGGAUUCAGAUAACGCAAGAGUUGGUGAUCAAUUUAUGCGUAAUAUACAACCAAUUGCAUCAAAAGUUCCUUAUAUGACAUGUGUUGGUAACCAUGAAGCUGCAUACAAUUUCUCAAAUUACAAAGCAAGAUUCACAAUGCCUGGAGGUGAUGGCGAAUCACAAUUUUAUAGUUUUAACGUUGGACCAGCGCAUAUUGUGGCAUUUUCUAGUGAAUUAUAUUACUUUUUAUUUUAUGGAUGGAAAACAUUAGUGAUGCAAUAUGAUUGGUUGAUUAAAGAUUUACAAGAAGCGAAUAAACCAGAAAAUCGAAAAAAUCAUCCAUGGAUUAUUGUAAUAGGUCACAGACCAAUGUAUUGUUCAAAUAAUUUUGAUCCAAUGCAUUGUGAUUUUGAAAACAAUAUUGUACGCACCGGAUUCGACAUAUCACCUGACCAUCAUAAAAAUGUAUAUCUUAUGGGAUUGGAAAGCUUAUUUUAUCAGUAUGGUGUGGAUUUAAUCAUUGCUGGUCAUGAACACUCAUAUGAGAGAUUUUGGCCAGUUUACAACAGAACCGUUUGUAAUUCUACAACGAGUCAAAAUCCAUACAAUAAUCCAAACGCUCCAAUACAUAUUGUUAGUGGAGCUGCUGGAUCAAAUGAAGGUAAAGAUACAUUUAUAUAUGGUGGGAAACCUUGGUCUGCAUUUCGAACAACUGAUUUCGGAUUUACUAGAAUGACGAUACAUAACGUUACUCAGUUAGAAAUUGAACAAAUUUCAGUGGAAAAUGAAAGAAAAGGUCAAGUGAUUGAUUCCUUUACAAUCAUCAAGGAUAAACAUGGAGCAGGUUUAUAUACUUGUCAUAAUAAAGAUUCAUUUGAUUACAACAGUAUUAUAGACGUUUAAUUGUUGUUGUUAUAUAACUCUCAACAAUCAAUUUAUUAUUUUCCUCUUUCAAAGCCUGUGAUUAUUAAUUUUGAGCAAAAUAUACAUUUUUUUCAGAA